AUGAGCGCAUCGGGCUCGACUUCCGCGUCGGGCGCCGGUGGGCUUAGGAGGCCCGGCACGAUGAGAGGAAAGCUAAAGGCGCCAAAGAGGUAUGGCCUCGACGUUGCACCUGCAGAGAUGUGGAGCAGGCUCGCCAACGCCAUCGGCCAGAUUCAAGGCCACAACGUGUCGUCCCUCAGUUACGAGGAGCACUAUCGCUAUGCAUACAAUCUAGUCCUCUUCAAGGAGGGAAGCAUGCUCUAUGACGGCGUCAGGCGACAAGUCGAGGCACACCUCAACAAGCAAUGCGUCGACUAUCUCGUCCCAGCAUUCCCACCAGGAGGGCUAGCUUCGCUCCCCUCGGACAUUGUCCUCCCUCGCAACCUGCCAACGGGCGCAGCGUCGGCGUCCACUUCGAAGCAGCCGAAUCUCAAGGGCAAGGGCAAAGCCAACGAGCCCAUCGUGCUCAGCGACGAUGAUGAUGAGCCGAGGAGCGCUGCUCGAGCUACUGUCAGCGGCAGUGAGCCAGCCUCAUCGAUGGCUGUUGGAUCCGCAAGUGGUGGAGAUCGUACGGACGCGGCUUCUCGCAGUCAGAGCGCUGAGCGACUACUCAAGGCAAUGAAGCAGGUAUGGGACGACCAUUGCGCAUGCAUGGGCAAGCUCAGGGAUGUAUUGAAGUACGUCGAUCGAGUCUACGUGCCCGAGAACAAUGUGCUGCCCAUCUGGGAUCUCGGAUUGGAGCUCUUUCGCGAUACGGUCAUCCUGUCCAAGAAGCAUCCCAUUGGCAUGCAUCUCUUCUCGGCGCUCCUGACGCAGAUCCAGCUCGAGAGGCAAGGACAACUCAUCAAUCGCUCAUCAGUCAAGGCCAACACCGACAUGCUCGCCUCCCUUACCCAACCGCGCCCAGGGGUGCCCAUCGCAGGCCGCCCUACCGUCUACAAGCAUACCUUCGAACCCGCCUUCCUCGCCACCUCCGCCGAGUUUUACAAGAACGAAGCAGCUCGCCUUCUCGACAGCAGCGAUGCGCGCGCAUACCUCCGCCACGCAGAGAAGCGCUUCAUCGAGGAGGAAGGGCGAGUUGCUGUAUUCCUUGCAGCGACGACCGAUGCAGAGCUCAGGCAGAUCCUCGAGCGCCACCUCCUCUCCACACACCUCAAGACGAUCCUCGAGAUGCCCGGCAGUGGCUUGCACAACAUGCUCGAGAACCAUCUCAAGGACGAUCUGCGCAGGCUGUACAAGCUCUUCUCGCGCAUCAAGGGCGACGGACCGCAGCAGCUCAAGGCCGGGCUCAAGUCAUUCAUCACAAAAAAGGGAGCGGACAUCAACGCGGGCGUUGUGGCGGUCACCCAGGGUGCUGCGUCAGGGACGGCGGCAGCAGCUCCUGCCUCUUCACCACAGGCCACGCUCGCACUGCGCUGGGUCGAGGACGUCCUUGCCUUCAAGACCAAAUUCGACGACAUCCUGCGCACCAGCUUCGACGACGACAAGGGCGUAGAAGCCGUGCUCAACGAAGCAUUCGAAUCGUUCAUCAACGUCAACAAUCGCGCGCCUGAAUUCAUUUCCCUCUUUAUCGACGAGAACCUCAAGAAGGGCCUUAAGGGCAAAACGGAGGAGGAAGUCGAGGACACGCUCAACCGCACCAUCGUCGUUUUCCGUUUCCUACACGAGAAGGACGUGUUUGAGCGCUACUACAAGGCGCAUCUCUCCAAGCGACUGUUGCAGAACCGCUCUGUCUCGGAUGACGCUGAGCGUGGGAUGAUGGCCAAAUUGAAGAUUGAGUGCGGGCAUCAGUACGUGCAGAAGCUGCAGGGGAUGCUCAACGACGUCAAGGUCUCCGAGGAGACGGGCAACGCGUUCAGCGAGCACUUGAGGAAGACGAAUCGACCCAUGCCCUUUGACCUGAGCGUAUCCGUCCUCACCUCGACCUACUGGCCCAUCUCCGGCCAAGUCCAGCCCUGCACCAUGUCCCCCGCGAUGCUCUCAGCCCGUCAAGCAUACGAAAACUUCUACCAGUCCCGUCACUCCGGCCGUGUCCUCUCCUGGCACCCGAACCUAGGCUCGGCAGACGUACGCGUCCAAUUCAAGUCGCGUCGCCACGAGCUCAACGUCAGCACGUAUGCGCUCGUAGUGCUGAGCCUCUUUGAGAGCACGGGCAGCGAGGAGAGCCUGAGCUACUCGACGAUCAAAGGGGAGACGGGAAUGCCGGAGAACGACCUGAAGCGUACAUUGCAGAGUUUGGCGUGCGCAAAGUACAAGAUCCUGCUCAAGGAGCCCAAAGGCCGGGACGUGGGGGAAGGGGAUCGAUUCACCUUCAACGAGGGGUUCAGCUGCCCGCUCGCCCGCAUCAAGAUUGCAACCAUUGCUGCCGGACUGGAAUCCGACGCCGAGCGACGCGAGACGGUCGAGAAGAUUGAGGAGGAGCGUAAGCUUGCCGUGGAAGCUUGCGUCGUUCGCGUCAUGAAGGAUCGUAAGACUUCGACGCACAACGAUCUGGUCAAUGAGGUCAUCAGGCAGUUGGGCAGCAGAUUUCAACCGCUGCCGGCUAUGGUGAAGAAAAGGAUUGAGAGCUUGAUCGAUCGCGAGUAUUUGGAGAGGAGGGAGGGGGAGAGGGGCGUGUACGACUAUGUGGCUUAG